AUGACCGCCGAAACAGUCGGAAAGGCUUUAAUAUCGUGGAUAUCCAGGUUUGGAUGUCCUACCGAUAUUGUCACCGAUCGCGGACGACAGUUUGAAUCGUCACUUUUCCAGUAUCUUGGAAUAUUUAUUGGAUUCAAACAUCGCAGGACAACCGCGUAUCACCCUGCCUGUAACGGGCUAGUGGAACGAUUCCACCGCCAGUUGAAAGCAGCCAUAAUGUGCCACGCUGAUUGCAAUUGGGUAGACACGUUACCUUUAGUGCUUUUAGGCAUAAGGAGCGCGUUUAAAGACGACCUUCAGUCGUCUUCUGCUGAACUGGUGUACGGAGAGCCGCUUCGUCUGCCUGGAGAAUUUUUCCAGGCUACCGCUCCGGAUUCUACCGAUAUAUCGGACUUUAACUAUCGCCUACGUCAGUUCGCAGCUAAACUCCAGCCGACACCAGCUGCACGUCACAAUGAAGACAACAAAAUUUUUGUCCACAAAGAUCUGACUUCGUCUAGUCACGUGUUUUUAAGGGACGAUGCAUUGCGUGGCGCUUUACAGCCACCUUACACCGGACCCUAUGAAGUUCUCGAACGAGGUGAAAAGACUUUUAAGAUACAGGUCAAAGGGAAGAGUGUUACUGUAUCCAUAGACCGCCUCAAACCAGCCUAA